CUUUCCUCUACUCUAAAUAUGUGCAUCCAUCAUCAUCUCUCAUGCCAAAAAGCCAGCCGAGUGCCGGAGUGAAACUGCACCAAUCUUACACCCUAUUCCAUUUACUGGUUCCCAUAAAUAAAUGCAAUGCGUCCAUGAGGCAGGCAUAAAAGGCCAACCAAAACCAAGGAACCAACGCGCAAAGCCCCCCUCCUUUAAUUUGCACCCUCCCCAAAUCUCCAUUGGCCCUCUCUCUCCUCCCUCUCUCUCUCUCUCGUCCUCCAUCCAUGAGGAUUAGGAGGAGGCCUCAGGGCCAGCCUCUCUCCUCCCUGCUGCCCUCAGAUCCAUCCGCACCCUGGCCACCGCCAAAUGCAACGAGAGAUCACCAGGAGCGUCUCGCGGGGGACAAGAAAGAGGAGGAGGAGUUGCACUUGCACCCAAAUGCGGCCGCGGAUCUCGGGGACGAGCCCUCCUCGGCGGUGAGGCGCGCGGCAUUGCUGCCACUGUUGCCGCAGGACAAUGUGGUGGAGUGCAGCAGGAGCCUGGGUGCACAACAACGGGGGCCUGCUGCAGAUGGUCACAGGAGCCUACAGAAUGGUCAUCGGAACAUGCCUGAGCCGGUGAAAGCCGAGGAGCGUCUUGUCAACGGCGUCGGCAGAGCAAUGCUGGUGACAGCAGUGGCCGCGAACGUGAUCAAGGAUGACAGCGGCGGCGGCAUAAGGAAGCGGCGUGGCCCGGCGGUGCUGCUGGAGGGGUCACGGUGCAGCCGCAUGAACGGGCGCGGGUGGCGCUGCAGCCAGCCGACGCUGGUGGGCUACGCCCUCUGCGAGCACCACCUCGGCAAGGGCCGGAUGCGGAGCGCAGCCGCCGGGCGCGGCGGUGCAAGCCAGCUCAGCCGCACCGAGCACAGGAAGAACGUAUCCGUCGCGGUCACCUCGGCGCCCAAGGCCGACGUGCCGCCGCCGAGCUCGCGGCCCUGCUAGGCGCGCGCGCGCUCACGGCCGGCGGAGAUCGAUGGAAGUGGAACUGUAAGAUUCUUGGGUUCUGUGCUGGGGUGCAUAUCAGAUGGUUACUGUGAAUUCUUGUUGACUUUUCUGUGAUGGCAAAUGUUGUGGUGACUGUGAAUUCUUGUUGACUUUUCUGUGAUUGCAAAUGCUGUGGUGACGUUC